AUGUGGCGGGGGCUGUGGACCCUGGUAUCCCGGGCUGCACGUGGGCCUCACAGACCGUGCACGCGCCAGGGCAGUCGUUACCCGGGCCCCGGUUCCGGAGCCACUAUCUUCGCUCUGAGCUCUGGCCAAGGCCGCUGCGGCAUCGCGGUGAUCCGAACCAGCGGCCCUGCCAGCGGCCACGCCCUCCGGAGCCUCACGGCGCCGCGGGACUUACUCCCGGCCCGCAAAGCCUGCCUGCGCCUGCUCAGCGACCCCCGCUCUGGGGAGCCUUUGGAUCGCGCGUUGGUGCUUUGGUUUCCAGGUCCCCAAAGUUUUACGGGUGAGGAUUGCGCGGAGUUCCACGUGCAUGGAGGCCCGGCCGUGGUGAGUGGUGUCCUGCAGGCCCUGGGUAAUGUGCCAGGGCUGAGGCCAGCGGAAGCAGGCGAGUUCACCAGGAGGGCAUUCGCCCACGGGAAGCUGAGCCUGACGGAGGUGGAGGGGCUGGCAGAUCUGAUCCAUGCAGAAACCGAGGCGCAGCGGCGACAGGCCCUGAGGCAGCUCGAUGGGGAGCUGGGUGACCUAUGCCGCGGCUGGGCCGAGACCCUCACUAAAGCUCUGGCCCAUGUAGAGGCCUAUAUCGAUUUUAGUGAGGAUGACAACCUGGAGGAAGGCGUCCUGGAUCAAGCUGAUAGUGAGGUGCGGAAGCUGGAGGUAGCGCUGGGCGUACACCUUCGAGAUGCCAGGCGUGGGCAGAGGCUCCGCUCAGGAGCGCACGUAGUGGUUGCGGGACCUCCCAACGCCGGCAAAAGCAGCCUGGUGAACCUGCUCAGCCGGAAGCCUGUGUCCAUCGUGUCCCCGGAGCCGGGGACCACCCGAGAUGUUCUGGAGACCCCCGUGGACCUGGCCGGGUUCCCGGCGCUACUGAGCGACACUGCGGGGUUGCGGGAAGGCGUGGGGCCUGUGGAACAGGAGGGCGUGCGGCGCGCCCAAAAAAGGCUGGAGCAGGCUGACCUCAUUCUGGCCGUGUUGGAUGCUACUGACCUGGCCUCUCCGGCCAGCUGCAACUUCCUGGACACCGUUGUCAUCCCGGCAGGAGCCGGGAACCCCAGUGGGAACAGCCAGCGCCUCCUGCUUGUGCUGAAUAAAUCAGACCUGCUGCCCGCUGGGUGCUCAGACCCCCAUCCUGACCUCCCCUCCCACCUGUUGCUGUCUUGCCUGACGGGUGAGGGACUGGACGGCCUCCUAGAAGCACUCAAGAAGGAGCUGGCUGCACUGUGUGGGGACCCGUCCACAGGCCCACUUCUGACACGGUCGAGGCACCAGCACCACCUCCAGGGCUGCCUGGAUGCCCUUGGUCAGUACAAGCAGGCCAGAGACUUAGCCCUGGCGGCCGAGGCGCUUCGGGUAGCCCGAGGGCAUCUGAGUCGUCUCACUGGCGGAGGGGGCACUGAGGAAAUUCUGGAUAUCAUCUUCCGGGACUUCUGCGUGGGCAAGUGA